UUGUUCAGUGAGUAAGAAAAGAAAGAUGGGAAGUCUCAACCCAGAAGUUCCAGGAUAGGACCACUGAAAGGGGGUGGGUCCAGAAUGGGCUGGAGAGGCCAGCAGGUGUUCAGGCUGAAAAUGCCAGCUGGAAACAACAGAUGGGGAUUGCAGAGGAGGUGGUGGCAUUGGGAUAGUGCUGCAGCCAAGAACUUAACGACUGAAAGUAACUGGGAUAUCUUCAUAAUGAUCUGAAGGUCACAGUGGGAGAACAAAAUUGAGACCUGGGGGAGACUGACAAGAGAACGUCUUAAGAGUCACCCAAACAAUCGGCAAAGAAUGAGAAGAGCUCAAGACUCCCACCACCACCCUGGACCAACGCCUGCCCCUGGAUCUUCUGAUGGGCCCCACAAGGUGACAGUGCUGGCUACAAUGCUGUCCGGCCGGUGGUGGCCAAGUUCCUGGGGGAGCCUAGGGCUGGGUCCCCGAAGCCCUUCUCGGGGAUCCCAGCUCUGUGCCCUCUAUGCCUUUACUUAUACGGGGGCAGAUGGUCGGCAGGUGUCUCUGGCUGAAGGGGACAGGUUCCAACUGCUUCGAAAGACCAACUCUGACUGGUGGUUGGCAAGGCGCCUAGAAGCUCCCUCCACCUCUCGACCCAUCUUCGUCCCAGCGGCCUAUAUGACAGAGGAAUCCAUCCCUUCCCAGAGCCCAGCUACCGUCAUCCCCAGUCAAUUGGUCUGGACUCCUGGACCAAAGUUGUUUCAUGGUUCCCUGGAAGAGUUAUCUCAGGCCCUUCCAAGCAGGGAUCAGGCUAGUUCAGAGCAGCCUCCUCCACUUCCCCCCAAAAUGUGUAGGAGCGUCAGCAGUGACAAUUUGAGGCCCAGCCUUCUGAAGCCUUUCCAGGAAGGACCAAAUGGAAGAUUCCUCUCCCGGGAAGACUUGCCCUCAGAAGCCAGUGCCAGCACAGCAGGCCCCCAGCCCCUCAUGUCAGAGCCCCCUGUGUACUGUAACCUGGUGGACCUUCGCUGCUGUCCCCGGUCCCCACCCCCAGGCCCUGCAUGCCCCCUGCUGCAGAGGCUGGAUGCCUGGGAGCAGCACCUGGACCCCAACUCUGGACGCUGCUUCUACAUAAAUUCACUGACUGGCUGCAAGUCCUGGAAGCCCCCACGGCGCAGUCGUGGCCAGACGAACCCUGGCUCCAUGGAGGGGACACAGACCCGGAAGAGGGACAAUGAUGUCCUGCAGCCUCAGGCAAGGGGCUUAGGAUCUGACACAGGGACCCCAGCACCGAUUGACCCACAGGGCUCCCUCAGCCUCAGCCAACGCGCCUUGCAGCUUGACACUCCAGCCUUGCGGCCCUCUCGACCUCUGCCGCAGCUCCUGGACGACCCCCAUGAGGUGGAAAAGUCCGGCCUGCUCAAUAUGACCAAGAUUGCCCAAGGGGGGCGCAAGCUCAGGAAGAACUGGGGCCCGUCUUGGGUGGUGUUAGCGGGUAACAGCCUGGUGUUCUACCGAGAGCCACCGCCGACGGCGCCCUCCUCGGGCUGGGGGCCACCGGGUAGCCGGCCCGAAAGUAGCGUGGACCUGCGCGGGGCGGCUCUGGCGCACGGCCGCCACCUGUCCAGCCGCCGCAACGUCCUGCACAUCCGCACGGUCCCUGGCCAUGAGUUCCUGCUGCAGUCCGACCAAGAGACCGAGCUGCGAGCCUGGCACGGCGCGCUGCGGGCGGUCAUCGAGCGGCUGGAUCGGGAGAACCCCCUGGAGCUGCGUCUGUCGGGCUCGGGACCCGCGGAGCUGGCAGAGCUGAGCGCUGGGGAGGACGAAGAAGAGGAGUCGGAGACGGUGUCCAAGCCGCUGCUGCGCCUCAGCGGCCGCCGGAGCUCCAGUCGGCUACCCGAAGGCGCAGAGCAGAACCGUGUGCGCAACAAACUGAAGCGGCUCAUCGCGAAGAGACCGCCCUUGCAAAGCCUGCAGGAGCGGGGUCUGCUCCGAGACCAGGUGUUCGGCUGCCAGUUGGAAUCACUCUGCCAGCGGGAAGGAGACACGGUGCCCAGCUUUGUGCGACUCUGCAUUGCUGCUGUGGAUAAAAGAGGUCUAGAUGUGGAUGGCAUUUAUCGGGUGAGUGGGAACUUGGCAGUGGUCCAGAAACUUCGUUUUCUGGUGGACAGAGAGCGUGCAGUCACCUCCGAUGGGAGGUAUCUGUUCCCAGAACAGCCAGGACAAGAAGGUCGGUUAGAUUUGGACAGUGCUGAGUGGGAUGACAUUCAUGUGGUCACUGGAGCCCUGAAGCUUUUUCUCCGGGAGCUGCCCCAGCCUCUGGUGCCCCCACUGCUGCUGCCCCAUUUCCGAGCUGCCCUUGCACUUUCCGAAUCAGAGCAGUGCCUCUCUCAGAUACAAGAGUUAAUAGGCUCAAUGCCAAAGCCCAACCACGACACUCUACGGUAUCUCCUGGAGCAUUUAUGCAGGGUGAUAGCACACUCAGAUAAGAAUCGCAUGACACCCCACAACCUGGGAAUUGUGUUUGGACCAACCCUGUUUCGGCCAGAGCAGGAGACAUCUGACCCAGCAGCCCAUGCUCUCUACCCAGGGCAGCUGGUCCAGCUGAUGCUCACCAACUUCACCAGCCUGUUCCCCUGACCCAGGCAAGGAAGAAGAGAAAACCUGUUUCCAAUCAUCUCUGGUGGUGGGAGGCUGGUGUUCUGUUUUGAGGACAUCCCUUUAAAUCUCCCAAAUGACUGUCUCCAUCUUCAUCUUCAUGAGUGUGACUUGAGGGGUUGGGAUGGGUGAGGGAGCUUCUCCAAAGAGGAAAGUGAGUGUUUUCA